AUGAUCACAAUGUCAGAACAAAAUGGCUGCUGUAGCACCCUACAACCAGGCCAGGCUGUCCACCAUAAAGAUAACAGUCCAACUAUAACCACCAUCAACAUAAUCAUCAACUGUUUUCUUGUAAACAUUGCAGUUAUCAUCGGUUCCUUUGGAAAUAUCAUUACAAUAUUUAUCUUAUCCCGAAGCAAAGUCAAGGACACUAGUAGUAUUUUAUUGAUAUCAAUGGCUGUAUGGGACCUACUUUUUCUUGUCAAUCUUUUUGUUUGUAAACUAGACUGCAUCAUUUUUAGAUACGAUCCUGUCCUGGCGCAAAUGUACUAUCCAUACAUAUUUGGUUACGUCCGGCGGCCUGGUCGUAUGGCGGCAUUUAUUAGCUUUACACAUGUUGUUGUUAUCUCAUUUGAGCGACUACUGGCUGUAUUUUAUCCUUUUCAAGUUUCGCAUUGGAUAACCGAGGCUACCAUUCUUACAAUUCUUACAUGUGUAUAUUUCUUUUGGAUCGUUUCUUUCCUGCCCUAUACUGUUGCUAAUUACGAAAUAGAAUGGGCUUUAACAAAUAAUUACACCUUAAUGCUCCCUGCUUUGAGAGAAACCCAGUGGUUUGUUCAAAAUAAACCAAUAUUCACGGUAAUUUCUGAAAUUAUCAACGGAGUCAUUGGAUCAUUAUCUGCUGUGGUAGCUGCUAACUGUUGUGCAAUUACCUAUCAGUUGCAUUAUGCUUUACGACAUCGUUCAUCGAUUACCUCCAAGUCGUCAGCCGGAAAUAGACGAGAGGUGAAAAUUUCUCGAAUGCUCCUUGUCGUCUGUGUUGUGUUUAGCUUUUGCAAUCUGCCUGGGUUUUCUAUCUACAUUUAUUUCUUUGCAGAUCCUGACAUGAAACCGCCAAAUCAACUGUUCGUUUUACUGAAUAAUGUUGAGGAACUGAUGCUGGCAGUCAACGCGGCCGCCAACUUUUUUGUGUAUAUUCUCUUGUCUGAAAAGUUUUACAAGUCUGUUGUAAGUUUAUUUGUCUGUCAGCGGUUUGCAACAUCAAUUAAAUGA